CUUUCGAAAAUAUCAUCAAGCUCGAAUCGAGCUCGUUUGGUAGAAGAGGGUUGAGGGUAUCCACUAGUCGGGAACUCCCGCCUCUUACUUGCUUUUUUUUUAAAGACAUUUUUAAGCGUUUUCGAUAACCUUAAGCCUAAUUAAAAUCAGAACGCUGUGCAAUUAACAUAAUUGACAUUUUAAAGCUUGCCUGCAAUUAAAUAGACACAACACGUUACAGUUUAUCGGCUACACUUGAGACUCGUAUCUGUGCAAAGCUUAAAAUGAGUUCUUAUAGUAUGAAAAUAAUGUUUUUAAUAUCAAUUACAUUGAUUAAUUGUUUUCCAACCGAAACAAAUACUCAAGACUGUGAAUACGACUGUGUUCCCUUCGAGGAAUGUAAACAUUUAAAAUAUUAUGCAAGUUUUGUGCAAUCAGAAAAUGGAAUUCAAUAUUGCAGUGAUAAAGAUAAUAUAGUUUGCUGUUGGAACAAUAAAAAGAAAGUUAUUGCCGAAAAAAAAUGCUUGGAAUUUACAAAGAUUAGAGACUUUUGUUCGAGGGAACCGCUCGUUAUGAAUGGAAGUCAACCAAAUCCGCAUGCAUUUCCUUUUAUGGCCUUGAUACAAAAUCGACUGUUAAAUCAAAGUGUAUAUGAAUCACAUUGCGGUGGCACGUUAUUAAAUUCAAUGUUUGUGCUCACGGCGGCACAUUGUGUGGAUAAAAUCCAAUUUCCGGAUAGGGAAUUUUCUGUGCUGUUAGGAGCCCAUGAUAAAAAUAAUUCCGGCACGCGGUUUAAUGUGACAGUCUUUGCUCAUCCCAACUUUACCACAGAUGAUCCUUAUGCUGAUCUUGCCCUGUUGAAACUGCACAAUGAGGCGGAUAUUACAACAAAAUUUAUAAAGCCAGCCUGCCUAUCCACAUCUACUAGCAGUACAACUGGAGAAUAUACUGUUGGUGGUUGGGGGUAUCAUAAUACUCGAAGCAAAUCAAAUGUGUUGUUAAUUGGAACAGUGGUUAAAGCAGAUUCUAAGAAAUGUCCUAAUGACCUAACUUUCAAUAUGGAUAAACAAAUUUGUGCAGGACCCAAAAACGAUUUGGGAGACGUUUGCAAUGGAGAUUCUGGUGGUCCAUUGUUUACCAUUCAUAAUGAUAAUGAUUGCCUUUUUGAGGUUUUUGGUGUUCUGUCUGGUGGUGCUCUAUGUACCUUAAGGUAUUCAUUUUCAAGUCAUACUUUAGUUUCCUUUUAUCGUGAAUGGAUAGAGAGUAUGGUAUGGCCAGAUGAAAAACAAAAUUUUUGAAACCUUAGAGU